AUGGGAAAUAACAACGUCACUGGACAACAAGACAAUGAGAAGGAUGGCGCUGAGGAUGUCAACUGGUCAAAAUCCUCAAAGGAACCCAUCAUUACCAAUGCUGAAGAUAAGCAGGUGGCCUCAUAUCAAAAUAUUUCAUCAGAUAAGAUUGAAGGCUUAGAAGAGAAAAAAAGGAGCUCAGUUCAGUAUAACACAUCAACACGAGAUGAUCAGAGUAGUAACUUACAAAAAGAUGAUGAACCAUCGAGGAAAGAAGCAACUGAAACAGCCAUAUUUUCUUCCGAAAUAAUUGCUCUUGUCAGUACCACUGAAGAUGUGACAAGCUACAAGGAUAGUUCAAUCUCUAAUGAAAAAAUUGUACCAAGUGAAGAAACUAUCCAAGGCAACCACAAAUCCUUGUUACAAGAAAAAUUAGAAGGUUCACUAGAAGAACAGGAAGAAACUAGCAGUCAUGACAAUUCCCCCAUGGGUGGUAGUCUAGCUGGUGAAGAUACAACUGAGAACUUAGAACGAGGAUACAUUGAGGUGCCAACAGUAGAGGAUAAAUUGGUGGCAAUGCAAGGAGAAACUACAUCAUCAACUGAAUCAAUUGUCAGCACUUAUCUUGAUGCUGAUGACUCUGAGAUCAAGGAAGUUGUUAUAGAAGAUAAGUCUGGACAAAGAGAGAGUCGGCCAGAUGUGCAACCAUUAGAUGGCACAAGCAUAGAGACAUCCAAGAAUGACAACAUGCAAAUACAAAUACCACAUGACAAGGAAGAAAACAGAGCAAUAAGCAAAACUGCAACAGUAAAGCUUAUGAUUGAAAGUGAUGAGCCACUUGAGGAUGAUAAUAAUAUCCAUGGAAUGGGAAAUCAGGAUGAAGAUAAUACAAUAAGUGCAUUGUGUGGUAAUCUCUGUAAUGAUGAAGUUGUUGCAAAGUGUCAACCAUAUUUAAAAAAUCCAACUGCAAUAAAUGAUCCAGAACUGGGAAAUGAACAAAAUGAAAGUGUAGUUGGUUCAAGACAGAGUUCAGGUUCUGUUGCUACAACAAUGGAGCAUAAUGGCACAGAAUCAAUAUACAAGGAAGAAGGAAUUGUUGAGAAAAAUAUCACGGCUUGGAAUCUAGAAGAUAAUUUUGCAGCAGAGAAGGAACCUGAAGAAUAUUAUGGUAACUUAGUCAGCAUUACUGAGGUCAAUGGAAAGGAUUUUACAGGCUUACAAUCAUCUUUGUCAGAUCAUCACCAUAUUGUGAAUGAAGAGAUACAAAGAAAAAUCAAUGGAAUAAUCGGAAUAGUAGAGUUUGAUAAAGAGACAGUAAAGGAAAUUUUAGAAGAAGAUAAGGUAAAUAAUGUAGAAGGUCUAGGUCUCCCUUUUGAUGCACACGUAGUGGCAAAGGAGGGAGGAGACUUAUCCAAUUUACCAAAGGCCAUACCAUCAACUCCUCUUCGAUCACUAGAAGAUAUUGACAGGGAGGUAUAUAGAACCAGAGAUAAACAAGAAACUAUUACAAACUCACAAGGUGACCAGUCUCAGCAGAUACUGAUUGAAAAAUACGAGGUUUUGAAACUUGAGAAUGGUGAGAUUCUUAGAAAGUGUAUGCAGUUGGUGGGAGAUAGCUUGAAUGCAGUCAUAAUCUCUACUGAUGGUAUCAACCAUGAGAAAGUAGAUACAAACACUAGAUCUUCAGAUUUUACCUUUGAAGCCAACCACUACCAGAAGGAAGUCACAGAAAGCACUGCAGCUGUAGCCUUUACUGCUCAAUGCAAUCAAGUGAAAGUCACAGCAAGUGUUGAUACGGCUACUGAGGAACUACAUCCUCUUCAGACAUCAACUCCAGGGAGAGAAGCCAGUGAAGUGACUCCAUUAUUUCAGGGAGCACAAAAUAUAGGUUUUUCCAAUUCUAUUGAGCAGCAUAGCCAACUACACGUGGAAAUCCCCACAACCGACAUUGCUGUAAUGCAAUUUAAAGCUGAAGCUGAGGAUGAAUCUGAGAGGAGCCCCCUGUUAAGCCCCAGGGAACCAUCAGGAGACUUCAGAAUACCAAAUCAUUCUACAAGAUUUAAGAAACCAUUUCAGAGCUUGCUGACGAAAGGCGAAGCUGGUAUGUGGUCUCCAUUGAAGGAACCAGAAUCAAACUCGAAGCGUAAUACCAUGGUUAGUUCACCAAGAAGCAAAGAAAAGCAGAAGGCAAGAUCCUCUCUUUUUACCAGUUGCAUGUGUUGUACCACUGCUACAAACUGA